GGGUCUGCCCGUCUGAAAACUCCGCGCCGCGGCGGAUGCGGCGGCUUUCAGGGGCUCGGCAGCCGCGGCGAAGAUGGUGGCGGCGCCCUGCGCUCGCAGGCUGGCCCGGCGCUCGCACUCGGCGCUCAUCGCGGCGCUCACCGUGCUGCUCCUGCAGACCCUGGUGGUGUGGAAUUUCAGCAGCCUGGACUCCGGCGAGGGGCAGCGGGCCGGCGGCGGCCGGGAGAAGCGGGACCGGGGCGGCGGCGGCGAGAGCAGCGACCACCGGGCGCAUCAGCACCGCAGAGGACCUGCUGCAUUCCACAGCAAGGCGCUGGACCAGCCUCCCCGUCCCUACACCGGCUUGGAGACCCAGGAUGGUUAUUUUUCCCACCGGCCAAAAGAGAAAAUGCGAACAGACAGCAAUAAUGAAAACUCUGUACCCAAGGACUUUGAAAAUAUUGAUAACAGUAACUUUGCUCCCAGGACUCAGCGGCAAAAAUACCAGCCUGAACUGGUGAAGAAGCCUCUUAGCAAGCAGAAGGAGCACUUGAAAAAGAAACUAGAGCAAGAAGGAAAGGUGAAGGAGAACUCACUCCUGGGGAAGAACUCCAAUGAAGUGCUUCAGUUCAGGCAUCAUGUUCUAAAGAACAGCAGCAGCAAUUUGAAGGAGAUUCACAAGUCUCCCCGACAGCCUCAUUUAAAAAGGAGUGGGAAUAACUCCCCUGAAAUAAGAUAUGACCAGCCACCAAAAUGUGAAAUAUCGGGCAAGGAGGCAAUCUCAGCUCUGUCUCGGUCCAAAUCCAAGCACUGUCGGCGGGAGAUUGCAGAGAUAUACUGUCAACACAAGCAAGGAAAGCUGAUGCCUGAGAAGGUGGUGCGUUUGUGUCCCCUGGAUGGAAAAGCCAACAACAAUGUACAAUGGGAUGAGGACUCCGUAGAAUACAUGCCUGCCAACCCAGUCAGGAUCGCAUUUGUCUUGGUUGUUCAUGGCAGAGCUUCUCGGCAGCUCCAACGCAUGUUUAAGGCUAUUUACCAUAAAGACCAUUUCUAUUACAUUCAUGUUGACAAGCGAUCCAACUACCUACACCGGAAAGUGCUCCAGUUUGCUAGCCAGUAUCCGAAUGUGAGAGUCACCCCUUGGCGAAUGGCAACUAUCUGGGGAGGAGCGAGUCUUCUGUCCACCUAUCUACAGAGUAUGAGGGAUUUAAUUGAGAUGAAUGACUGGCCCUGGGAUUUCUUCAUUAAUCUUAGUGCCGCUGACUAUCCUAUCAGGACAAAUGAUCAGCUAGUAGCGUUCCUGUCAAGGUAUCGCGGUAUGAACUUCUUGAAGUCGCAUGGGAGGGACAAUGCAAGGUUUAUUAGAAAACAAGGUCUGGACAGGCUUUUCCUAGAAUGUGAUACACACAUGUGGCGCCUUGGAGACCGGAAAAUCCCAGAAGGAAUAACUCUGGAUGGAGGGUCAGACUGGUUCCUAUUGAACAGGAACUUUGUGGAGUAUGUCAUCUUUUCCAGUGAUGAUCUGGUGACAAAGAUGAAGAGGUUCUAUUCGUAUACUUUGCUUCCCGCUGAGUCCUUCUUUCAUACUGUCCUGGAAAAUAGCCCUCACUGUGACUCCAUGGUGGACAACAAUUUGCGCAUCACUAACUGGAACCGUAAACUGGGCUGCAAAUGUCAGUACAAGCACAUUGUUGAUUGGUGUGGCUGCUCGCCUAAUGAUUUCAAACCAGCAGACUUCCACAGAUUUCAGCAAACCGCCAGGCCAACGUUCUUUGCCCGCAAAUUUGAAGCCGUGGUGAAUCAAGAAAUCAUUGGUCAGUUGGACUAUUAUUUGUAUGGUAACUACCCAUCUGGCACGCCAGGCCUCAGGUCGUAUUGGGAGAAUAUAUAUGAUGAGCCCGAUGGCAUCCAUAGCCUCAGUGAUGUCAUUCUGACCAUGUAUCACUCAUUUUCCCGCUUGGGCCUAAGGAGAGCUGAGACAUCAUUGCACACUGAUGGAGACAACAGCUGCCGGUACUAUCCCAUGGGCCAUCCAGUUUCAGUCCAACUCUACUUCCUCGCUGAUCGUUUUCAGGGCUUCUUAAUCAAACAUCAUGCAACAAAUCUGGCUGUCAGUAAACUAGAGACUUUGGAAACUUGGGUGAUGCCAAAGAAAAUGUUUAAGAUUGUUAGUCCACCAAGUGAUUUUGGAAGGCUGCAGUUUUCAGAGAUUGGCACUGACUGGGAUGCAAAGGAAAGGAUAUUUCGGAACUUUGGAGGACUUAUUGGGCCGAUGGAUGAACCAGUUGGCAUGCAGAAGUGGGGAAAAGGCCCUAAUGUCACAGUCACUGUGAUCUGGGUGGACCCUAUCAAUGUAAUCGCAGCUACAUAUGAUAUCCUUAUUGAAUCUAGUGCAGAAUUUACUCACUACAAACCACCUUUGAAUUUGCCACUGCGGCCUGGAGUCUGGACCAUUAAAAUUCUGCACCACUGGGUACCUGUAGCUGAAACCAAAUUCCUUGUUACUCCUCUUACAUUCUCCAACAGGCAACCUAUCAAACAAGAAGAAUCUGUGAGGUUGCACAGUGGGCCUCCUAAGAACGCAUACAUGGAGCAGAGCUUUCAAGGCUUGAAUCCGGUUUUAAAUAUCCCUAUCAAGGCAGCUCAAGUGGACCAGGCAAAAAAGAAUGCAGCGCUCAUAGGUACCAAGCUGGAGAACUGGGUGGACACCUUGGUCAGCAGCAUAUGGUCAGCGGUGGAUGUCUGUAGCACAGGUCCAACUUCCUGUCCAGUCAUGCAGGCUUGCAGUCAAACAGCCUGGAGCUCCCUGAGCCCAGACCCUAAGUCAGAGCUGGGUCCCAUUAAACCUGAUGGGCGUUUGAGGUAGCAUCUGGUAUACCCUUCUUUGGCACGGGUUUUAAAAGAGAAUUUAACCUUGCUUAUAUAUGAACCUGACUACAGAUUCCAAAACCUUGAUGAAACUUUUUGUUGUCUAUUUUUAAAAAUCUGGCAAAAUCUUUGGCAUUGUUUCUCCUUCAGAUCCAUCAGUCUAAGCUUCAGCAGCACUGUGCAUCUCCUCUGUAUCUUCUAUAGAGUCACAACCCUUCUUCAUUCACUUCAUAUCUAAAAGGCGCCAACAUUUUCUUGCUCCGAUUAUGAAAUGGUAAUAUAGCACAUCUGGUAUGUUCAGAGGGUAAAAAAGAAGCAGUUGCUAAAAAUAUCUUCUGUCAAAAACACCUAUGCAUAUUUUGAAUAUUUACAUUUUAAUUAUUUUGCUACCAUAAAUAACCAGAAACUCCAAUAUAUCUUUACCGGGAAGAAUGAUCUAUAAAAUAUGGUUAAAAUGUUUUACAAGAUAAAAACAUUGGGACCCACCCUGACUAUUUUUAUAAUGUUAAGAAUUUCUAGGCUUGAUUCAUCAUUGUGUUAACUCCAGUUUCAGACCAGCGUGCAUCACACUGGCAUAGAAACCAGGCUAACAGAGUGGUGAAUUAGGCUUCCUCUCUCUUUUUAGAAGUCAGACAUUCUCAUCUAUUUGAUGAUCUCUGAACAAAAUGAGUGUUAUAAAAUUAUAUUUUUUAUUCCUAUUAUGAAUAGUCAUCAGUCACCACAAGGUCUGGGCACCACUUGCAGUAUUAAAAGCAAGUAUUCUUAUUACCCAAAGUCCAGAUUCUUGUCCCCAUUGAAAUCUGCAUUUUAAAAAAAAUCCACACAGAACACCCUCUGCAUAUAAGCAGGUGUGUAAAUUCCACAUAUAUCAGCAGGUUUGUGCAUGCAGCUUAUAUGUGUGGAUGCUCAGACCCAGGCUGUGAUACUCCUGCUCACAUGGCAGCAUACCCUUUUCCAUGAGUAGCCUGAUUGGGUUCAAUGGGCCAACUCACAGUGUAAGAUUCUACUCUGAGUUAGUCAAAGUGGCAGAAUCUGGCCCUUAAUGAUUUAGGUUUGGAACCUUUUCCAUUGAUUUCAGUGGGUGAAACACUGGGACCUAAUUAUGCAGUGAGCUGAUUCUGCACUAUUUUAAGUAGCGGCUAACUAGUCUAACACUAAUUGCCUCUGUUGGUCCCAGACCUGCCAGUAUUCAUGAAGAAGGAUAGUUUUGAGAUUGCAUGGUACAUCUGGAAGGUUGUGGAGAGUGGCACCUUGAGUGUAAUGGAGAUUCCUGACUGAAGCCAUGAAUUGAAUGAAGGAGAGCAAAUGCCCUUCUUCAGAGUGCUUUUAUUUUAUUUUAUUUAUUUUUGUCAACAAGCUCUAAUCUUGCUUAUAUUGACCCUUUUGACUCUUGGGCAGGCUGCAUCCUGUUUAAAUACAGAUGUGAUACAUCAUUUGAACCUGAGCUUUCAACACUGAAAAAAAUCCAAUUUUAAAUUGAGGACUUUUUAAAAUAUUUUUCUUAUAUGCAAAUUCAUCUCCAGCUAAAGCAUUUUGCAUGUAAUGUGCACUUUUAUUUUGUGGGCCCUUGAGUACAAUGUACCCAGAAACUUCAAGGAACCUUGAUGAGAUUAAUUAUAAAAUGCCCUGUUAAUUUAAUAAAGUAAGGUGUCUGUUUUCCCUUCUGUGGCAUGUAUAACUUUCAUUACCGCUAAUGAGAGUUAAGCUCACGCAUCAGGAAGGAAAUAGACCCUUUAAUCUUUUCAUAACCACAUAUCACAAAAAAGGUUGAAUUCUCUUUUAAAUAAUGGUUGCAAAAUUACCAUAAAACAGAGAUCCCAAUGGCUUGUUAUAUUUUUCUCCAUUUAGUUUAAAGCUCCUGCAGUUUGCUUUGGACUUGAAAUUGCAAUGUCAGCUGUGCUGGCAUUAAGGCAGAACAUUUAAAUGUUUAUCUGGAACAAAGGUGGAUGCAUAGGAGGAACAGUUUAGAUAUUUAUUUUUUAUGUUUUUAGUCAAUGACUAAUUAGUAGGUGCUGCUUUUGCAGCUUGAAGAUUUUAUCUUACUAACUAAAGCUGCCUUUAUUAAGAAAAGGCCUUUUCCUCCUCAGACCUCCAUUUCUUUCUACCUUCUUGAUUUUGACAGUCUGGGAGGUAUAGUUCUAGAAAAGCUUGUAGUUAUUAGAGCUGGUUGGAAAGUUUCUGUCUAAACAAUGUUCCUGUUUUUCAGCUGGCUCUAGUGGUGAGUGUGUUCAGACCAACAUUGCCAACAGGUUUAUAUAAUAGAAACACUUCUCUUUCAGUGCUUUUUAAAAAAUAAUAGUUUUUAUCUAACAUUCCAUCAGAAAUGUCAAAUCUCCAGGGGACCACUAAUCUUCACUAUGAAUUUAGGGUUUUAGCCACAUUGACCCAAUAGGAAUUGCAAUGGCUAAAGUAAAAGCCCUGCAGAUCAAGUGGAGAUUAUCACAUUCAGUCAUGGAUUAGGGUAUAAAUAAUAAGAUUCAUCCACUCUCCUAGUCUUUAGAUCAUUCCAGUUAAAUCUGCUGAUGAAUUCAUGAGAUCUGGACUCUUGCGCACACACACACACACAGAUAACCAGGUUUUUAAAUUUGAUACCUUUUUUAUUAUUGAGGAGUGUUUUUUUAAUGCUUUGUUGGGAAGUUCUCAUUAUUAAAUUUCUCAAACAGAAGUUGGAAACAAUCCAGUCUCUCUUUUAUGGAUAGAACAGUAGCCACCACUUGUAUCAUUUAAAAUAUAAGAGAUUCAAAGGACUUUGUUUUAGUUCUUAUUUCACAAUUUUUAAAAAUCCCAAAUUGUUGGUGACACAUAAAUUUUAUGCUAUGUUGUAAACAUCUCAAAAGAAAUAUUUUAUAGUAUUUUAUUUUCUAAAUAACAAAAAGAGUCUAUAAGUACUGUAGCAAGCCGGCAAUGCCCGUGCUGCUAUUAAAAUACUAGAGGUAAAAAUAAAGGGUCAAAUCCUGCAGUCCUUCUUAGGCAAACUUCUGUGGAUGGAUGAUUCUGAGUACAGUCUUUAGACUCAAGCCCAGCAUAAGUGAAAGUAUGACACUGGGCUAUGAAUAAAGUCUGUAUGUGUUUAAAAGCAGCAGAGAAUGAGACUCCUCGAGAGCUUCUCAGUUCACAGCAUUAUUUGAGGUGAGUGUCAAGCUUUCGACCGAAAUGAUCAUGUUCUACCAUAGCUGCUAUUCUGCAGAAUACAGAAGAAUACAAAAUAUAAUGGACAGUGUGUCAUAAAGUUCUAUAAAUUAUGAAGUGAAAAAUCAUGGCAAGCAAGACUGUUUCUAUUUGCGAACAGAGCCUGCCCCAAAAUUAUUACUAAGGCAGUAUUGCUAAGGUCUAGAUUCUGCUCAGUGUCUUUUCUAGUUCUAAAAUACCGGGCACUUGAUACCUAUGAUGAACAUUAUAUCUUGUUAGAAGAGAAUAACUUUCACAGAUCUUACAUUUGGUAAAAAGGAGAAUUCAAAGCAGGGAGCCACAGUUUACAUGAAACAAACAAGUUAUACAUGUGUUCAUUUGAAAGUUCUAAUAGUAUUUUCAGAGCGUGCUGGCUAGUGAUAUUUUCUAAGAUUCCAUUUGAAAGCCGGCUGUGACCAUAUCCUUCCAUGGGAGAAGCGUGUAUUUCCGUAUGCACUGUGUGGAGUGAUGUGCUCAUUUAAACACCAUGCCCCUGCCACUAGAUAGACAUGUGGCACUUGUACAAUCAACCAGCCUGAUUCAGGCCAGAAAGAUAUGUGGCAAAAUGCAGAACAUCUGCCUGCAUACCCUUUUUUAUUAAUUAAAUCCAAAGUGAAUUCUAGUGAUAUGCAGACCUGCUUCUGUGGUGAUAUUAUACCUUGAGGCGAACAGAAAUUAGUUCAAAUGAGUUUAUUUUCUAGAUGUGGACCAGUUUUUUUAUUUAUAAAGUUUGACUGGAUAUGGAGUAAUAAUAUUUAUAUAUUAGGUUUCUGAUGUGUGACAUUUUUAGUAUUAAAAUCAUGUCCUCAUUUUUGUUCUAUAUGGAGGGCUGAAGGGACAGAGUAUACUAACAAUUUUCUCAUUGGCAAGUACUGCUAUAAGCUAUAUCUCUAUUGCUAAGUGUAGAGAGCUAGGUGUAUACAGUAGGGUGUAACAGAUUAACUUUCCUAGAUACUGGCUUCAACGCAAAAAAUCUUGCACAUACCGUUGCUUUAAUGAUGAUCCUACAGCACCUUCCAAAGGAUCAGCUAAUGGGUAUUCAGCCUCCGGCCAUCUUUCACAAAUCUAAUGGUACCAGUAACAUCACAAUCCCUUUUAUUCACUAGUAUAGGGAAGAGGGCGCUAGAGACAGUGAUUCAAACAAAGAACUGAGAAAAUCCAAAGCCUUCGAAAGGAGGUAAUGCAGGGUAAAGGAAGCACCAACCUUAGAAAGUAUUUCUAUAUUGCAACAGAGGGGAAGCUAAACUCGUUCUUAUCUAUUUCACUCUAAGGCUCAGGAGCACUGGGAUUAUGGGAUCUUGGUUUUGACUUUUCUGAUUAAAAACAAAACCCAGCUUUUUAUUUUGUUUGGACUCUAUGGGGCAACUCUCCAUCGAUUUCAAUGGCAGCUACAGCCCUUACACAAGGUUGAAUCAGGUCCCGCAGCUGGGAACGGGCUUCCCAGACACACACUAGCUCUGCAGUGUGGCUGUAGCAGCUCUUGUCCAUACCCAGGGGGUUGGGCAGGUUUGUACUCGGCCACCUCGGCUACUGUGCUAUUUUUAGUGCACUAGCUCGAGCACACCCACUCUGGGAAGCAAGCUCCCAGCUGCUCUGUGGACACGCUCUUAGUUUGAAACAGAACUGUCAACUUGCCCAUAGCUAUAAUGCCGUGCUCCCUCGCUUCCACAGAUUGCCUCUUACUCUCUGCUUGGAAGUAGCCAUGAGAAUGCCUUCUGUCUUUCCCAGAACUCCAAAGCUUAAACCAACUGGCCAGACUAAGCCUUGGGCUAAAUCCUUUAUCUUCAGCUGAGUUGAACUUCCUUAUACGAAGGCUGAAUUUGAAUUCCUGCGAAUCAUAAAGUAGCAUUUACCAUCUUGUACAAGUAGGUUAUACUAUGCUGUAUAUCUGUAUUGUCAGGAGAAGUCAUGAAAACAACAAUAUUUCUGCCGUUAACCUUUUGAUUGUUACAACAUGGAGCUGCAUCAGAGUGGCAGUUUUUAAAAACUGGAACAGACGUCUUUCUGGACCCUCCCCCUUUUUUUAUCUAAGACUUACAGCUUGACUGUUUCAAAACAAAACCCUUUAUGAGUUUAAAUUGUUUGAGUUCUAAGACCCCUAUUCGUCCCCUCAACCCGCAAAGGCGAGAGGGGAGAAUGCUCCCCUCAGAGUGAAAGCAGGCCACUAUACCAUGAAGCCACAGAACAGCUUUUGUGGCUGUAAUGUAGAUCAAAAGGAGAACACAUCCACUUGUGGUCACAGGGUGGAACUGCCCUGCCACAGGCUCGGUCGUUUUCAGUGCUUUUAGAUUUAUUAUUAAACAAAUGCUGGCUGUAGAUCAGAGAGUAAUUCACGCAUCCAUACAUGUUCGUAUGUUAUUUCUGAUCAUAUAGACUGGAAUUUUCAUAACUCCUAAGGGAGUUGUGCACCCAUCCCGUGUGGACCAACUCCCCCAGACUGCAUUGAAACCCCAGAUAUAAAUGAGAAAAGUUUGCUUUUGAAAGCAAAUCAGUUUGCUCAGUGCAAAGAUAUAUAGAAGGAUGCUCUGAAGGUGCUGGUAAUCAUCAGGGACUAUCUUUCCCCCAUUCUCAGAGGUGGUGAUAUGUAACGUAUCCAGUAAUAACUUAUUUCAGAGUGGCAGCUGUGUUAGUCUGUAUCCGCAAAAAGAAAAGGAGUACUUGUGGCACCUUAGAGACUAACAAAUUUAUUAGCUCACGAAAGCUUAUACUCAAAUAAAUUUGUUAGUCUCUAAGGUGCCGCAAGUACUCCUUUUCUUUUUUUAGUAAUAACUUAGUUUAUUUUAACAGAAAAAUACACACAUCAGGUGGUGGUUAGCAGCAUCUCCUAAGGUUCCUUACUCCAGUUUGCUAAUGGGAAGUAACAUUUUAAUGCAUUAUUUUAUUUCAUCUAUACUAAAGAAUGAUCCUAGGCCCCAAACAUAGGGUGCUUAGGAUAUUACCUCAUAUGAACACUUCAAGCAUCAGAAGUAAAGUAGAUUUCACAGCAUUGUCCCCUGUUCUCAGGAUCCUGAAAAGAGUGCUCUCUGGGGGUUGGAAUCCAUGCGGGGUGGGGGCUAGGGUUAGGGAAUAGGUGACCCAGUAUUAGGAAACAAUAGGGUCGGGGGAUUUGCAUUGUUCCCCGGCUGGCUCUGCAGGAAUUACCUGAGAGCACAGCCUCUCGCUCUGUUACCUUUCUGGAAGAGCUUCCUCCACAAUGGGUCUCCUUUGCUAAAGAGGUCACCAGAACAGCCACAGAUGCCCCUAACCACAGUGGGGCCACACUACAAUGCAGCAGCAGCAGGAGAUCUGGGGCUCCAUAGCCAGUACAUGGUUUCCAUGUGGAUCCCAGGGGAUCAGUGUGGUUUGUGUGAGAGGGAUCUCUCUCUCCUUUCAUUGGGCAGAGAGGACAAUGUGGGGAAAAUUCUGCAAAGGGAUGCUCCUGGGAUAUUCCUGCCCUCCAGCCCUCUCCUGCAGGUUUUGCAUGGGAGGGGUUGAUCUGGCCUCGGGUAUGGAAAUCUUGUGUUAAAUAGUCUCUUUCAUUGUGUAGCUUGAGCAUUCACAAACAUCUCAUUACUGUUGAGUGGUGGAAAUAAUAAUUAUAUUGCAUAGCAGUCUGUUAGAAGGUGCAGAGUACAAAGGGAGAUUUGAAUGGUUAAUUGCACAAUUCCACAUUGUAGGAGUACAACACAAUGGUCCUGAUUCUCCCCGCACACCACUUACCACUGGUUUAACUCCAUUGACUUCACCGGAGUGACUCUUGAUUCACAACUGGUGUGAAUGAGAGGAGUAUCAAGCCCAAAAUAUUUUUAACUGAAACAACGAGAUUUUCACGUUAGCUGACACGAGGGCCACGGUAGCAUUUAGGCUAUUUUCAGUUACAUGUGGUGUUUUCUGUGAUGAAUUGUGAUACGGUAAUACUGCAGAUGCCCUGUUUAUUUGGUUCUCGUAUACCAACAAUAGUGUAUAGAUCACUCUUUGCUGUUUGCUUCAACCUUGGUUACCUUCUUUUGCCCAUGGGUGCUAUCACAGCUGCUACCUCACUAUGUCUGCAAACAAGUUUACCUGACAACAACAAAAAAGGUACCAGAAAUCUCCUUGAGCUGAAUGUACAAUCUAUGCAAAUUCUCUCGCUAUUUUGUUACAACUUGGAAGUAUUACUUGUAACCUUGCCAAAUAAACAGCAAGAUAUUGUACAGGUGCCUCUGAUAACAGAGUAACAAUUUUCUGCACGGAUCAUUGCGCUGCAUUUGUACAUUGUAAUGACUUACUUGUCUUUGGUUCUGUUGUAAUUAACACCCUUGACUGAGAAGACAGUCGUUCCUCUUGUAAGAAGGGCAACUUCAGUUUGCUGGGAAUAUUCUGGAGGAGAAAGUCGACUGCAAUUUUUUUCAUUUUUCAAGUUUACCUACAAAAAAGGCCCAAGCCUAAAGGUCAGAAAUUGUAUCUUGGUUUAGAUUUCCUGGAGCAGAUCAUAUCAUUUUGAAUUUCUAAGUGUAUGUUCACAUUGUGACUUUCUGUGAAUUGCCCGAUUAAAAAAGCCUUACUUUCUUUCUUUUUUUUAAUUGUGGCCUUAACCUGUAGUGGAAAGUUAGAUGUUGUCUCUUUCUCUCGGUCUGUUGUCAACCUAAUUAAUAAAAGGCACCUUGAGAUUUCUGUUGCAACUCAGAAUUGUGUAGCUAUCAGCAGACACUUCACAAAUACAAUUGGAAUUGCUUACAAUACAGUCUUCAAGAAAAAAAAGACCUUCCCUUUGGGCAAAAGGAAGGCUUGAAUGCACCUAUAAUCCUUAGCAAAUUAUGAGAAUUCUCUUCUGCAACAUAUUAUAGCUAAACUGGGUGGACUAAUUACCUACAAAAUGCUAACAUCAUGACUUUCUGUAUAGCUGUACAGAUUUGGUCUCAGUUACACCAGCAUGAUCCUGGAGUAACUCCACUCGCUCCAGUGUGACUUCAUUGGAGUUCCUCUCUGAUUUACAAUAGUGUAACUGAGAAAGAAUCUGUCCUGGUGACUUUUAUGUAAUUCAAUGAAGAUUAAAAAUCAGAAGAACUUCUGACAUUUAGGGCUAGAUUUUUAAAGGUAUUUAGGCUCUAAAGAUGUAGAUAGGUGACUAACUCCCAUGGCUUUUAAAAUUCCCAUAUGCACCAAUUCACAUCUUUAGAUGCCUAACUACUAUUAAAAGUAUGGCCCAGUCUGAUCUUUGGAUCAGGUUCAGACACUUUUCUUUUUAACUCUUUGCUUCAUUGGCACUGAGAACAGUAGAGUUUCAAUAGUCCCAGUAUUCCCAGCAGGCUGGCAGUGCUUUUAAGGACCCAGAAUGUGGUUCUCAACCUAUUUACCAUUGGGGGCUGCAUCCAAUACUACCUGUAUGGCCCUGAGGAUGUCACAUGGGCAGCAGCUGGAUGCUGAUUGGGCUGCAAGUGGCCCAUUGGCUGCAGGUUGAGAAUCAUCUUUUUUUUCUUCUGAUAGUGGUACAACCCAAAGACCCCAGAAAAGGGUUUACACAGAAAAUAUAGUGUAUGACACACACACAUUAAUUUGAGCUAAUGAAAUUAUCUUUCUAACUUUGUCUCUUCAUUUUUGUUCCAUUGAUUUGGAUUUUUUGUAUUGGUUAAUGUACUCCAUAAUAAGUUAUUAAUGUUCCCUCAGAGACUGGUAGUGAUAUAGUUUUCAGAAAUAACUAUUUUGUUAUAUAUCAUAAUAUGCAUAAAACUGUACAGAAAUAUUUUGUAAUCUAUUGAUUAAGAAAAAACCAUGUAUAUACAGUAAAGUUUAAAAAAAAUUGGAAAUUCAAAUGGCACACACUGAAAGAUGUAGAUAUUUUGCUAUUUAUUUAAAGGAGUAUUUUAUGAGAUAUUAAAAUGUCUUAAAUUGACCGGUAAUCAAAGUUCAGAAGUCAGAAUGCUUUUCUUGUAGUAGAAUGUGAUUUUCAGCAAUUAUUGCACUACCCAUUUUUGCACCCUUUUGUCUUUCAUUUAGCAGAAAAACAAUGUGCCUUAGCGGUAUUCUUUGUCUAUGGGAGUUUGGUUUUUUGUCCGACAAAGCAAAUUUUUUUGCAGAAAAAGAAAUGGAUGUAUUAAAUACUGUAUUAUACCAAAAACACUGCGGUUGUAUAUAAAUGCUUUCUGUCAUACUGUGUUUUCAGAUGCAGAAUUUUAAAAUUAAAAAAAAGGCAGUCUUUA